CUCCUCACGCUCCCCAUCCAACGCGCGCGUUUAGAGCAACGGUGUAUCGAAGCGGAUUUAUUAUAAACAAUUUAUUUUCAUGCCCAAAAUGCAUGCAUUUUAUUAAACGUAUAGAGCUAAACGUAGCAUCACCGACUGUGCAUGUGUGUUAGGGAUGGAAUACAGCGCUCACUUUGUGGAUCCUGUUGAUCUGUGUGCUAUAUUUUCCAGCGUGUGAAAUGCCUUGGAAGAGCUCGUGUUGAAUAGAAUAGUCACCAUAGGCUUCAAGAAAACCCGGUUGCGUCCGUUGUAGUGGAUGGCAUCUGCGGAUACCCCAUGUGGAGACGUUUGCUCCUUUGAUGUAAUCUUAAUGUGAUGCACUUUCCGUUUUUCUUUGACGUCGACUGACGCGCGCAUGGAAGCCCUGCUCUUAUUUUCUUAGUUUUUUUUUCAGUUCCUUUGACACAACCGAGAGGGUCGUGAUUUUUGCAUGCAACAUAGCGGGAUUCAUGUUGGAAGCGUUUCUCUUUAUCAAUGUGCAUUGAUGUAGCAGAAAACGUGGAGGAGAUAAGAACCCUUAUCUCAGCACCUGGUAGCUUUGGAAAGGAUUUCAUUGAAGAAAUUGUCUGCAAGCGAUUAAACGGAUUUCCAUUCUUGUCUAAAUCGGGAAUUACACAUCCAAACUGGGAUCUAUGAGCGGAAAAGUGGCGAAGCCAAAAGAAGAUAAGGAUGCUUCCAAGGUCCAGGAUGACGCUGCUCCCGGUACCCAGGAGUACAUUAUGUUGCGGCAGGAUUCCGUCCAUUCAUCGGCGGAUUUAAGGAGCAAAGGGUCCCCCUUUCGUGCUAAGUGUCACGAAAUCUUCUGCUGCCCGCUGAAGCAAGUGGUCAACAAAGAGAGCUCAGAGCCUGAAGAACCCCAGUUGAAGGGGAUCGUGACGAAGCUGUACAGUCGACAGGGCUUCCACCUGCAGCUGCAAGCAGAUGGCACCAUCGACGGGACGAAGGAGGAGGACAAUGGCUACACCAUAUUCAACCUCAUUCCAGUGGGGCUUCGAGUGGUGGCCAUCCAGGGAGUUCAGACCAAGCUCUACCUGGCCAUGAACAGCGAGGGUUUCCUGUACACAUCAGAACACUUCACCCCGGAGUGCAAGUUCAAAGAGUCAGUGUUUGAGAACUACUACGUGACCUACUCCUCCAUGAUCUACAGACAGCAGCAGUCUGGUAGGGGCUGGUACCUCGGGCUGAAUAAAGAGGGGGAGAUAAUGAAGGGCAACCACGUGAAGAAGAACAAGCCAGCAGCCCACUUCCUCCCCAAGCCUUUGAAAGUGGCCAUGUACAGGGAACCCUCCCUCCACGACCUGACAGAGUUUUCGCGCUCCGGCAGCGGCACGCCAACCAAGUCCCGGAGUGCCUCGGCCGUGCUCAACGGAGGCAAGACGGUGAGCCAGAACGAGUCCACGUAGCCGGGCGUCGUCGGGCCGGAAGACGUAAGAAGACACCUCACCCUCAGAAGAGCUUCCAAGCAGACUUCUCUCUCCAAAACCAUCGGCAGUUCAGGACAACAUUACGACUAUGAACACCACCACUACCACCAACCAAUCACCACACUUGAUUAGGCUCCAUAUCUCUCACCAUACUGUCAACAGCCAACCACAUUACACCGUGAGCCGUUUUCUGUUGGUCACUCUCUGGUGGUAAGAACUGUGUACCAGUUAGCUCAUCUUUUAUGUUUUUUUGUUUACUUCCUGCAGAUAACAACUACUUUUACUUAUAGGUCCUGAUCAUAUAGACACCUCCCCAGUCAUAUCUGUCAGGCAGGCAGGCAGGUAGAGAAGCAGGUGGUCAGGGCAACUGGUGAGGGUCUGGGCUGCUGGAGCUGCAGUGGAUGGAGAAGUCCCCUGUUUCCGUGUGUCAUCCAUGAUGCUUCUAUGUAUACGAAGCCAAUCCCCCGGGGGUGCAGCUUUAGCGAAGCUGCAACCGCAGCCAGCUGUAACGGUAGCUCUCCUGCAUUCUAGUGCACAAGCUCAGAAGAGACUUGAGCUCUCUAGCAUUAAAAAAAAGCCUACAUUCAGCUGACCUGGAGAAUAAUCGGAAAAGCGUGUGGCCCUUCGCUGUUUGAGCGACAACGCCAUAGCUGCACCUUUACUUUGCUAAUUUUCGGAAUUAGUUGAGACCUUUUUUUUUCUCCCCUCCUCCCCCUCCUCAGUAUUUGUGUUUUUGUAGCGGUCUCCACAGUGGAAGGGGUUUCAGCAAACCAAAGACAGAGCUGAAAGAGUGUCCCUUUAAGCAGUCAAACCAAGCCAGUAUAGAGAUGCAGCUGGAAGUUGUUGAAUUAUUUUUCUUCAUGUACAUUUUUGAUGAGAGAAAGAAAGUGAAGAAAGAGACUGCAUAAGAGAGGGAAAGAGAAGAAAAAAAGAGCUAGAAGGGACUCUGUGGUGUAGGAAGUUGUAGAAAGCUCAAGGGAAGGAGACUAUUAUUACUGGUGAGCUCUCCGGUUGAGUUUGGUAUGAAUUGACUGUUCAGUGUCCCCACCUUCUGUUUCUAUUGUGUCACAUUGUCUUCUGUCCCUGUGGUCUGUUCUCCAAUCCAGUGCUUGUGUCAUGCCUUGCCCCGUUCCCCUUUGUUGACUCUUAUUGGCCGAUUCAGUUCACCAUAUAAGGAUAUGGUGACGGCCCCCAUCCAGGACUUGUCUCGUGUUUGAGUAACUUAUCGUGGUGACAAUUUUCUAUAUAUAAUAAUGGGGGAAAAAAUACUGUGGAAUUUUAGGUGGCUUAAACAUUUUAUAGGAUAUGUCAUAUUUGUAAAAGUGAACAAGAAAAAAUAAGAAAAUGAAUAAAAGAAAGAAACAUCAAACUCUUCCCUUUCUUGCACAGGGCAUGUAUAAACACAAUUGUGUACGAAAAGGACCCUUUUUGGGGCUUAGUACUCCUUCCCAUCAGCUACAUACCUUGUUCAUAUGGAACAUGCUACUGGGAGGCUUGGUUUGUCUUUCGUUUCCUUUUGGGGUUUUGAAGUGAACAUAUCUAUUGCAUGGGAGACAGCAGGGGAUUCUGGACUAUAGAGCUAUAGUGCAUGAUGUAGGCUAUGUGUAUUAACCCAUGUUGGAUAAUGUGUUCCUAAUUACCAGGACAAAAGUGAAAAACAACCUGUACAGGCAGAUGGCUGUCGCUCGGCCUGCUACCUUCCAAGUUGUUUAUUAUUUGUUGUAUACACAAAAUGCACUGAAUAAAAUGUUUAUAUUAAGAUAUA